AUGGCGAAACGCCCGAGGAGCCCUUCUCCUAGCAAGGAUGCUUCGGGAAACUCAGAGCAUGACUUCUGGAUCUCCGAGGUAAUCGACGAUCGCGCAUCUCAAUUCCAGGCCUUCUUCUCUCCAACCAUGCCAGCAAAGGAGCUUCAGAAUCUGGAUCGAAUAAAAGAUGCCUCUCACCGCAUUUUAGCAUGGCGAAGUCCUUCAUCGCAAAGAACUUUGGUGGGUAACAAGCAUAUUCUCGAGACCGGCACAGACGACGAUGGAGAGCGAUAUGGAGGCCGUCACGUACUCAAGGUCAUUGAGGAAAUGCGUGUUGAAGGCGCUCUUGUUGUUGCGCGAUACUAUGGAGGAGUUAUGUUGGGACCCGCUCGGUUUGCCCAUAUUGAGAACUCUGCCAGGGAUGCAAUUCGGGCUUGGCGGCAGAAUGAAGACAGCGAAGGUCAGAAGCGUAGGCGAAUCGAAGACGAAGACAUGGAGAAAGCGAGUUUGAUCGUCGAACUGGCGGAUCGGGAUCAGAAUAUCCUGGUGUUGAGACGACUCCUAGAGGAGAAGACAAAACAAACUCAGCCGCAAGCAGAACAGAAAGGCCCCUCACGGCNNCCCCCUAUACCAGCACCUGAUUACAGUAGCAUGCCUCUUGAGCGCCUACGGCAGUUUGACAAAGCACGAGACAGUACUGUCGCGUUUCUUCUGAAGAAGAUUGACGAAGCAGAGAAGCAGAAUAGCCUGUUAAUCGCAAGCCCUGGUCCCGAGUCUCCCCCGCCUACACAAGCUGAGAAUACAAGAAAGAAUCUCAAUACCACUGCCACAGGAAGCAACGCUUCGAAGCAGGAGCCAGUCCCUGCUGAAGAAGAAAUGCGCAAAACUCCUCACGGCGUCGAAAACAAUUCAACUACGGAACCGAAGCAUAUUAAACAUGCACCUCUCAUGCCCUUUGAAGAAGAAUCAAGCGACGAUGACGUUGACAGCUAA